AUGUCUACCCCAAGUACGGUGGUUCGGCGCAGCUUCAUUCGCAACUCCCGUGGACUAAUCAGAGAGGUUGAUGGGUACCAAAUAAUACAGGUGUUCUUCACUGGAAUGCCGUCAACAAAUGAAAAUUUCCAAAUAUUGAAGAAAGAGCACGACUUGUUUUCUGACAUAGUUGUAGUCGACUUUGUGGAUUCUUACAACAAUCUUACGCUGAAGACAAUGGUGAUGUUGAAAUGGGCUGUGACGUACUGCCCACAUGUGAAGUACGUCAUGAAAGUUGACGACGAUGUUUUCAUCAACUUCGACAACCUCGUCGGGCUUUUGAGCAAUGCACAGCAAAACAACUACAUCGUAGGUCACGUGUACGAAAAUGCGAAACCCAUACGAGACGAGCUGAAUAAAUGGUAUACCAGUAAAUACGAUUGGCCAAUCGAUAACUUUCCAACGUACAUAAGUGGUGCGGCAUACGUAAUGUCAGUGGAUGUUGCAAAAUCAAUUUUACAAUCAGCAUGUCAUAUGAAGAUGUUCAUUUUUGAGGACGUCUACGUCGGAUUGAACCUGUUAAAUUUAUCAAUAAAGCCAACACACCAUAAUGGGUUUGAUACGGUAUAUGUGCUGCUAAACCAUGCUGUUUACAUGACAUAA